UUCAUUAUGAAAUUUCAAUGUUAAAUAUUUGAAAAAAAAGAUAUUGUGCAACGAUUGUUUUUUUUUUCAAAACAAAACAAAAAAUCCUCUUACCAACUUCAUGUCAGUAUAAUUUAGACGACGAUAUAUAUAUAUGUGUGUGUCUUUUGAGAGGAAAACAAAGUCGAGUUGGAUUAUUUUACUAUUUCAACGUAUUUGUAACAAGAAUUUAGAAUACGAAGUGUUCAUUUCCUAUUCAUUUUAAUAACAAGAUUCUAUCUAUUCAAAACAAAAACAAAAAAGAAAAAAGAAAAAAAGAAAAGUAUCAUUUGAAGAGAAAAUGGUUUUAGAAUUUGGUCUUGGUUUUAUAGAUCGUUUAACUGGUGCAAAAACAACUGCCUAUACACAUUUAGAAGAUUUAGCUGAUAGAUUAAAUCAUUUUAUUAGUUGUGUUAUAAUAUUAAUGUUAUCUGGUGUAACAAUGGCUAAUGUAUAUUUUCUUAGACCAAUUUCAUGUACAUUACCAACAUCACCAGAUAAUAAAUUUAAUGAAUUUGCUGAAUCUGUAUGUUGGGUACGUGGUACAAUAGCAAUACGUGAAAAUGAUCAAAUGCCAUUAACAGAUGAAGAUUGGAAUCAAUUACGUGAUAAAGCUGAUAUGUCCUUCUAUCAAUGGGUUCCAUUCUGUUUAUCAAUACAAGCCAUGUUAUUUUUUAUACCACAUAUUAUAUGGCAAUCAUUGGCAACACAUUUAUUAGGUGAAAAUUUAGAAUCUAUAUUAGAUAUGGCAUAUAAAGCAAAUACAGCAGAUGAUUAUAUAAAACGUCAAAAAUUUGUUGAAUCAGCUGCAUAUCAAUUAUUUCGUUUAGGUUGUCAACAUUAUAAUAAUCAUAAUCAACCAUUAACAAAAUGGUCAAAAAUUCAACAAAAAUAUUCAAACUACUCAUUAAGUAGUUUAUUUAUUAUUGGUAAACAUAUUGGUAAUUAUAUAUCAAUCAUAUAUAUUAUCAUUAAAUUAUUAUAUUUAAUGAAUUUAAUUGGACAAUUAUAUAUUAUCAAAACAUUAUUAGGUUACCAUGGUAACUUGUAUCAUUUUGGUAAUCAAUUAAUAUUAACUUUAAAAUCAAAACAUGAAUGGAUUGAAAGUGAAUUUUUCCCAAGGCAAACAUAUUGUCCAAUACAAGUACGUCAUCUUGGUACUAAAAAUAAUUUAUUUACAGCUAUUUGUGCAUUACCAGUAAAUAUGUUCAAUGAAAAAAUUUAUAUAUUUUUAUGGUUAUGGAUAUUAUUUGUAACAAUGAUUACAAUUAUUAGUAUCAUUAUAUGGUUAAUACGUUUUAUUAUCAAAAAUUGUCAAACUACUUAUAUACAACAUUAUUUAGUAGUAUCUAUACAAUCACAAUUAUUAGAUAAAUAUUUUAAUCAUUCAUUUGAUUGUGAUGGUUGUAAUAUACAAUUAAAUGAUAUACGUAUAAAUCAAUUUAUUAAAAAAUUUAUUAAAAAUGAUGGUUAUUUUUUAAUACAUAUGUUACGUGAUAAUAUUGGUGAUAUAAUCACUGGGGAAAUAUUAAAUCAAUGGUGGCACAUGUUUAUUGAUUAUCAUAAAGCAUAUAUAAAUAGAGAGAAACAAUUAAAACAAAAUGAGCAUAAUAAUGAUAAUAAUAAUAAAGGGAAACAAUAUGAUUAUAUGAAUAUAACAUUAGAUAAUGAUACAAUAUUAAAUCCUAAUUCAGAUCAAUCCAAUGGCAAUUUUGUUUAAAGCAAUGCAAUGCUAAUAGUAACCAUAGAAACAACAACAAAAACAACAACAACUGAAAUGGUGAUAACUUUGUUUAAAUUAGAUACAAUUUUCUAUAUGGAAUACAACUAUGAUUAGGUGAAUAUAUCAUGAUCAACUUUGUUUUUGUUUUUUCUUUUUUAUGAAUGUCAUCAAAUUUUUUGUUAAAUGAAUUAUGUAACCAUGUACAACUGAAAACAAUCAUGUACUGAUCAUUUUAUGUCAUUUCAUAAAAUAAAAUUUUUUUAUUUCCUUUGAGAAAA